AUGCCCUGCCUGACCCAGGCCUCCACAGUCUUCUACCCCCAAGUUUACCCGUUCUCCCUCAAACUUGUCCCUCCACCUCUAGGUCAGCUCUCCAACACCAAUACCUUUACAUAUGUGAACAACAAGAGCGGGCUCUUACACCGCGCCUUCAGCGUCGUCCUGUUGAACACGCAAGACCAGCUCCUGAUACAGCAGAGAUCCGACACCAAGUGCAUGUUUCCCGCGUAUUUCACUGACUCCUGCUCUAGUCACCCCCUGAGCAAUCCCACAGAACUGGAAGAAAAAGACCCCUUGGGAGUGAGGAGGGCGGCCAUGAGACACCUGCAGGCUGAGCUGGGAAUCCCCCAGAACCAACUUUUGUCACAGAUUUCCAUAAAGGAUAUAAUUUUUAUGACCUGAAUUUACCACAGGAGUCCAUCGAAUGAUGUCUGGGGAGACCAUGAAGUUGGCUACCUUCUGUUUGUGAGGAAAAACCUCAUGGUGAACCCAGACGCCAGGGAGGUCAAAGGUUACCGCUAAGUGACCCAGCAGGAGAUGGGGGAUCUCCUGGACAGGGUGGCCCGGGGACAGGAGAAGGUCACUCCGUGGCUUAAGACCAUCACAGAGGGCUUUCUGUUCAAGUGGUGGGGUCAUUUACAGGAUGUCUCCUCAUUUGUGGAGCCUGACAAAAUCCACAACAGUGAGAAGCUGUGGGAAGGGACUGUCCAAAGUAAAGGGUCACCUAACCCCAUGGUCUCAGCUCCUAUUUCAAAAUAAAACGGCACACAUGCUGAUGAGGGUGCACUACGGAAAUUUAAUGGUGAAAUUUCUUUAAUCACUUAGAUUUAGCUUAAGAAUCUCCUUCACAAUUUUA